UAGCCGUGCAAAUCACGAUCGUAAUAUUGGUUCAAGCUAAGAAAACCUCUCAGAUUCUUGUUGCCAAACGAACUGUAGCUCCAAAUUAUGCACCUGUCGAAAAGGCAAUUCACUGUGCUCAAGGAUAG